AUGGAGCGUCCUGACACAACGAGCCCCUCCUGGAACACUUCUCUCUCUGUCCUCUCCUCACUCCCACUCUCACUGCAAACGAAUGCCUCCAACGUGACCUCACCCAUCCCCAGCAUCCAAGGGGGGAUCAAUCUGAACCAGUCCUUAGCACUAUGUGCUAUGCUCAUCAUGGACAUGCUGGCAGUGGUUGGAAACUUGGCCGUAAUGAUUGUCAUCACCAAAACACCACAGCUGCGCAAAUUUGCCUUCGUGUUCCACCUCUGUCUGGUGGACCUGCUAGCAGCACUGGUGUUGAUGCCUCUGGGGAUGCUGUCAGACCGAUUCCUGGUGGAUGAGGCGCUGUGUCGGAGCUACCUCUGCUUGAGUGUGUGUCUAGUUAGUGCUGCCAUCCUCACCAUAUGUGCCAUCAAUGUGGAGCGCUACUAUUACAUCAUCCAUCCCAUGCGCCACGAGGUGAAGAUGACAGUGGGCGUGGUGGUGAUGGUACUGGUGAUGGUCUGGAUUAAAGCUAUUGUCAUGUCAGUGCUGCCUCUCCUGGGAUGGCUGCUCCAGGGUAACCAGACUCUGGGGACUCCGUCAGUGCUCAUUCCUGGUCAGAGACACUGCUCCCUCCAUUGGACAGGAGGCUGGACCACACGCCUGCUUUUCAUGGUCUUCUUUACAUUCAUCUAUUUUCUGUGUCCCGUGUUGAUCAUUCUGGUGGUCUACUGCAACAUGUUCAAAGUGGCCCGAAUAGCAGCCAUGCACCAUGGCCCCCUCCCCACUUGGAUGGACACACCGCGACAGCGGUCUGAGUCCAUCAGUAGCCACUCCACCAUGGCAGCCAGCCUUGGAGGAACUGGUGCCCGCACUACACCUCAAAGGACAUUCAGUGGCGGGAAGGCCGCAGUAGUCCUGAUGGCAGUGGGAGGCCAGUUCCUCUGCUGCUGGUUGCCAUAUUUCUCUUUCCAUCUCUACUCAGCUGUGGUGUCUACCUCCCCUGCUUCACUGGCCCAGCUGGAGGACGUGGUCACAUGGAUUGGCUAUUUCUGCUUCACCUCCAACCCCUUCUUCUAUGGCUGCCUGAACCGGCAGAUUCGUGAGGAGCUGGGUCGCCACCUGACCUGCCUCUUCAAGCGGGCUGGGCCCAGUGAAGGGGAGCAGCUGCCCAGCCGUGAGGCCUCAAUUGAGGAGAACUUUUUGCAGUUCCUUCAGGGCACUGGAUGCAAUCUGGAUCCCUGCAACUCUCACAGCAGAGCAAGCCCAGAGGAGCCAGAAACUGAGGGCCUUCAGGAAUCAGCUGUUCAGCAGAACACGCCAGCUGACUUCCACAUCCCAGGGCAGAUCCUUGAGGAAACCUCAGAGUUCAUACAGCGGCAACAGCUGAACAAUGAGCUACAUGUAUCAGAGAACUGCUGCAAAACUGUACCAGAGCUGUAG